CGCGCGGCCCGAUGGGAGCGGAGGAUUGAAAUCGAAUCAUCCCUGAAGCGAGCGAGCGAGCGCGAGCGCGACCGACCCACCCUCCGGCCGGCACCGCGGCCAGGCCUCGGCUAGAGCGGCCCCGCCCGGCCACCGUCCCGCGACCCAGGCCCGGCCCCGGCCCGCCCGGCCACCGUCCCGCGACCCGAGAGAGCGGCCUCGGCACCAUGAAGGCGGCUAGAACUAAAACUCCUAGAAAACCAGUGCUAAAGAAGUCAUCCAACACAAAUCUGAAAGAUCCAGUUGGGGUGUACUGCAGAGUGCGUCCCCUAAGUGUUCAGGAUCAGGAGUGUUGCAUAGAAGUGAUCAGUGAAACAACAGUUCAGAUUCAUCCUCCUGAUGGAUACAGAAUAUUCCGGAAUGGGGAAUACAGGGAGACGCAGUAUACGUUUAAGGAAGUAUUUGGAACUCUUGUCACUCAGAAAGCACUCUUUGAUGUUGUGGCUAGACCUCUAGUAGAAGAUCUCAUUCGUGGAAAGAAUGGUCUCCUUUUCACCUAUGGUGUGACAGGUAGUGGGAAAACACACACAAUGACAGGUUCUCCUGGUGAUGGAGGACUUCUUCCCCGGUGCUUAGACAUGAUCUUCAACAGCAUAGGACCAUUUCAGGCCAAGCGAUUUGUUUUUAAACUUGAUGACAAGAACGGUGUGGAUGUGCAGUGUGAAGUUGAUGCUUUGUUAGAGCGUCAGAAAAGAGAUGCCAUGCCAAUUCCAAAGACUCCAUCUGGCAAACGACAAAUAGAUCCAGAAUUUGCUGAUAUGAUCAGUGUACGAGAUCAUUGCAAAGUGGAAGAGGUUGAAGAAGACAACGUCUACAGUGUGUUUGUCUCGUAUAUUGAAAUCUACAAUAACUACAUAUAUGACCUGUUGGAGGAAGUUCCCUUCGAUCCAAUAAAACCAAAACCUCCACAAUCCAAAGUACUCCGUGAGGACCAGAAUCACAACAUGUAUGUUAUAGGAUGCACCGAAGUAGAGGUAAAAUCUACUGAAGAAGCUUUUGAAGUUUUUUGGAGAGGUCAAAAGAAAAGGCGCAUUGCUAACACUCAGCUGAAUCGCGAAUCUAGUCGUUCUCACAGCGUGUUUAUGAUUAAGUUGGCUCAGGCGCCACUGGAUGCAGAUGGAGAUAAUGUCCUGCAGGAGAGAGAACAAAUAACUUUAAGCCAGCUGUCCUUGGUUGAUUUAGCUGGAAGUGAAAGAACGAAUAGGACAAAAGCUGAAGGAAACAGACUACGUGAAGCAGGUAAUAUUAACCAGUCACUUAUGACAUUAAGAACAUGUAUUGAAGUUCUACGGGAGAACCAAAUGUAUGGAACCAACAAGAUGGUCCCUUAUCGAGACUCCAAAUUAACCCAUCUGUUCAAGAACUACUUUGAUGGAGAAGGAAAAGUGCGUAUGGUCGUGUGCGUUAACCCCAAGGCUGAGGACUAUGAGGAAAGCUUGCAAGUCAUGCGAUUUGCAGAAAUGACCCAAGAAGUUGAAGUUGCAAGACCUGUUGAUAAACCACUGUGUGGCUUAACCCCAGGACGCCGAUUUAGAAACCAGGCCUUUAAGGAUGAACUCUCACGAAGACUUGAGAUUCGAGGUGGCCCAAUCGGCGGAGAAACAGAAGAACAGUCUGUGACAGAAAUUCUUCUGCAGAACUUCCCUCCAUUACCAUCAUGUGAACUACUGGACGUGAAUGAUGACCAAACACUUCCUAGACUGAUUGAAGUCCUUGAGAAACGCCACAGAAUGCGGCAGAUGUUGUCAGAAGAGUUCACCAAAAAUGUACUCGCAUUUAAAACUAUGCUGCAGGAAUUUGAUAGCAGCAUUGUAUCCAAGGAAAACUACGCUCAAGGAAAACUCACUGAAAAGGAGAAAAUGAUAGCAGGACAGAAAAUGGAGAUUGAACGACUGGAAAAGAAAACUAAAACGUUAGAGUACAAGAUUGAGAUUUUAGAGAAAACUACUACAAUUUAUGAAGAAGACAAACGUAAUUUGCAGCAAGAGCUAGAAAGCAAGAGUCAGAAAUUGCAGCGGCAGGCUUCUGAUAAGCGUAGAUUGGAAGCACGAUUGCAAGGCAUGGUGACAGAGACAACAAUGAAGUGGGAGAAGGAAUGUGAGCGCCGUGUGGCGGCAAAACAGCUGGAGAUGCAGAACAAGCUCUGGGUCAAAGAUGAGAAACUGAAGCAACUGAAAGCUAUUGUUACUGAACCAAAGAAUGAAAAACCAGAGAGGCCUUCACGGGAGAAGGAUCGGGAGAAGGUUUUUCAGAGAUCUGUGUCUCCCCCGCCAGCACCAUUUUCUAGUAACUAUGUUACUCAAGUCCCUAACAGCCAACCUCUCAUGAGCCAGCCACAGCUGCAUAGACGCUCUAACUCUUGUAGCAGCAUUUGUGUGGCAUCCUGUAUUUCGGAGUGGGAGCAGAAAAUUCCUCCAUACAACAAGCAUACCAUUGGCACACCUAAGGCAAGGAGUAGACAACAGGAACCAGAGCAAAAUAGAAACUGUAAUGUGUCAGACAGAAGGCGAGGGAUGCACUGGACUGGAGUCAUUGAGGUCCCCAGCCGUAGAGAUGAGAUAGAAAUAGAAGAGGACCAAUGCUGCAGGACUGCACCUCCAGUUCGUCUCAGACACAGACGAUCACGCUCAGCGGGGGAGAGAUGGGUAGAUCAUAAGCCACCUUCUAAUGUGCCAACUGAAACGGUCAUGCAACCACAUGUCCCCCAUGCCAUCACAGUAGCAGCUGCAAACGAAAAGGCACUAGCUAAGUGUGACAAGUACAUGCUGACGCAUCAGGAACUAGCUUCUGAUGGGGAGAUUGAAACUAAACUGAUUAAGGGUGACGUUUACAGAACCAGAGGUGGUGGACAGGCAGUCCAGUUCACGGAUAUAGAGACUCUAAAACAAGAAUCACCAACCGGUCGAAAGCGAAGAUCAUCAACUUCAAGUCCUACUCCACCAGAAGAUGCUGCAGAAUCUGAAUGGACAGAUGUAGAAACCAGAUGUUCAGUAGCUGUGGAGAUGAGGGCAGGAUCCAGUCUGGGACCUGGAUAUCAGCAUCAUGCUCAGCCCAAGCGCAAAAAACCAUGAGCUGGAAUUCACUAUUGUACUGGAAUACUGUUCGCAAAAUGGGGAUUUUAAUCCAUUCUUCAGAAUUUGCUGCCAGUGAAGUCUUGGUAAAUUUACUGCUAUGCUAAACUGCAGACUUGCAUUUUAUAACAGCUUAUGCUGGACAGCAGGCAGCUAAAGAAAACCUUUUUUUCACAAUUCUGAGGAAAUACAUGUAUCCAAUGCAUUUGUUUUUUGCCCUGCUAUGUAUUAUGGAUAAUUUUGAAGAGAGCCUUCUGUUCUGUGUGUGUGUGAACCUCUUGAUAUUCAAUACCUCCUGUAGACUGAAUCAUGCAAGGCCUUUGCCUUUUGUUUUUGCAAGGUUUUCUUUUUGUAGUGUAAAACUUUUUCAAGUUUGGUCACAAUCCUUUGUAUGGUGGUUGUUUGUUUUUUAAAUACACAAUUGCUGCUAUUUAUUUAGCUGCAGUAAUGCACUUUAGAAAUAUUUCUAUGCCCCUUCAGGUUUUUAUUAUACUUAGCAACAAUUAUUAAUAUGAACUACCCAUCAGAACAAUUAUCCAGUAAGAGAUGGGCCUUAAUUGUUGGACCGAUAGUGUUCUGUACAUAUACAAAUCGCCUUCUGAAAGUCAUUUCAGUCUUUGAGCUGGCAUAAUGACAAAAAGCAGAAAUCCUGAGACAGUGCAUAAUGGUGAAUUGGUGUCAUACCUAUUCAGUUCUGUGCAAUGAGUAACUGUUAUAUGAUGCUGAUUACAUUACAUCAGCAGAUGUGGGGUGAAGAUAAUAUGCUCACUUGUUAGGUGACAAUUAUAUUAAACAUGGAUCUGCAAAUGUGUUAAAAUAAAUACUUUUAUUCAAUGGCUCUUA